CCUGAUCCCAAACACAGGCAAUCACCCGCCGCAUCCAAAUUCGUCGAGGAAUUCAACCCUCCCACCCUUGGUUCCCCCCAGCACUCAGUUGCUUAGUUUGACUAAGUAGAGCUUGGAGUGCGAGGCUGUUCCAAGACCGCACGGGUUCCUUUGUGCCAAUUUUUGCGACCUGAAGAGGACGAGAGAAAAGCCAGGACCAGCAUGAGAGGCCAAGGCCCGACGUAACAGUGUUAAACAAACAACAGCAUUUACUGGGCGGCCAAGUCUGUCCUCCCUUGUAGUCUUUUUGUGUUUGUUUCUCGCGCACGCAUCUUUGGCACCUCAUCCACCGCCAUCGGCAUACCCCACCCGGCUCCGGGAAACAACCAACAUCGCAGUUUGAAACGCCGCAAGGGACUGCGUGAGAGAGGUGGGAGAGGGGCGGCUCGAGGCCACCGAUAGACCUGCGGCAAGACCUGGAGGGUAGCGGACUCGCCUUGCGUGGACCUCGUCACCAUAAAGCAGCACAGCGAGGCCACACCAGGAGCUGCGCAAGCUUGGUCGCGUCGGCGUCUGCUACGUACGAAUUGGCGCGGGCUGGCGGUCACCUGUGACCGUUGACCAUGGCAGUCUACUCCUUCUACAUAUUCGACCGGCAUACGGAAUGCAUAUACACCAAACAGUGGCUGCCCCCGCCACGUGACGAGGCCGGCACUGCGGCCGGGGCCGGGGCCGGGGCUAUUGGUGGCGGUGGCGGUGGCGGUCGGGGCAAGGCGGCGCGUGACAGCCGCGCCGACGACGCCAAGCUCAUCUUCGGCACCGUCUUCUCGCUGCGCAACAUGGUGCGCAAGCUGGGCGGCGACGACGACGCCUUUGUGGCCUACCGCACCGCCCAGUACAAGCUGCACUUCUACGAGACGCCGACCAACCUGCGCUUCGUGCUGCUGACCGACACGGCCAGCAUGAGCAUGCGCAACGUCCUGCAUCAGAUCUACAUCAACCUCUGGGUCGAGUACGUGGUCAAAAACCCUCUCUCGCCUGCCGAGCACCGUGGAGGCGAAGGCGUCAAGAAUGAGCUCUUUGAGCUAGGACUGGACCAGUUCAUCCGCGGCUUGGCGUAACGUGCAAGUUGAGACAGCCCCGAGGCUUGUUUGCAACAUGAUAUAUGUACUCUACUAGGCUACGCUGUGCUAGAAAAAGAGGGCAAGGCCAGGAAUGCAAGUAGAGCAUCUACCAUUAUCACAAGCUUUCAUGGCUGGGAAAUAUCGAAAAGGCUAGUUCGGUGAGAUAUGGCUUAUCCAAGGUCGCUGGGACACUCCCAGCCCAUGUCGGUGGCUUCAAAAAUGUCCUCUCUAUCACUACAUUACUAAAUCAAGCAAGGCACGGUAGAUGGUCGGGCCAGAGGGGCCGUCUGCAUGAUAUGUCCCUUAAGGUUCGUCAUCCACCCGCCCUGGUCAGGUUUUUCCUCGAAGCAUCCCCCGCAAUUCAGGAUUGCCGCUCUGUGGUGGCCCUUCCCCAGGCGCCCUCGAACGACGACUGAGCGGCGGGCACCAGCACGGUGCUGGCGCUGUUGUCCUUCAUCUCGUUCUCCCAGUUGCUCG